AUGGGUGUCACAAAGCAUAUCAUCAAGGAGGGUUCUGGUGAAACUCCUACAAAUGGACAGACCGUCACCAUUGAAUAUACCGGAUGGUUGAAGGACACUUCCAAGGGAGACACUCUCGAGGCCCAAAAGGGCAACCAUGAUUAUGCCUAUGGUGCCCGUGGUUUCCCCCCUGUCAUCCCAGCCAACUCAACUCUUAUCUUUGACGUUGAGCUCAAAAAGAUCGGCUAA